AUGUCGGGCGUUGGACGUGGGGGUUUCCUGCGAAGUGCACGGCGGAUUCCUUUAAGCGCCAGGACGCGAUGGGCCGAACCUCCCGGCAUUCCACGCAGCGCACGCGGGCCCGUCCGACGGAGCGGCCGUCAAAUGGGUGGAAAGGUGGAGGAUUUGCUGGAUGCCUUCCGUUGCGAGGUUUCAGACACAGACAGUGGCAGUGAAGGGCCCUCGGAGUUGGAAGAAGGUGCAGCUGAUUCGAGGAUCGUCACAACUGUUCAACGUUCGGUGGGUCUUCGGGGGCUUGUUGCUGGCUCCAUGGGCGAAGGCCUGGUGACAUCGCGGAUGCCGGGCUUUGGUCGGGGUGUUCCACCCUCCACACGCAUUCAGCAGUGCGUCGCGGUGGCUUUCAGCGAAGCAGAGGUGAGGCAUGAGGGCAGCAGAUUCUUUGUGCUCACCACGGCGCACGAUGGCUACAACUUGACGUGGUUGCCAUCUCUGCAAGAUGCAGAAAAGUCCGCUCGCGAUGACCCUGGCUGGGUUCAAGUUGCGCUCCUACCUUUUUCCUCGGUUUUCACCAAGCACGAGGGGCUUGCUGCCAGGGGGCCAAGUAAAAAACAGGCGACCAGCGGUGCCAGUGGUGAGCUCUCGGAUCCUACACAGGUCACGGAUGUGUUGGGUGAGGAAAUUCGGCAACAUGGCUGGGAAGGCGUCCAUGCAUUGAUCUUUAUCCUGGCGAAGUUGUAUGCGACACCGCAGAACGCUUUCGGAGCCAUGGAACCUGAGAAUGGGCAAUUGAGCGCUGUUGGUCUAGAGCAAUUCUUUCGAAGGCAAAUUCGUCAGGAUGUGGAAGCACUGACAGGUCUGAAAACUGCUCAGCUCUUCAAACUGUUGGAUGUCAGGGGCAAUGGUUAUCUCGUGGUCGAGGAUCUGAUUUGCAGCGUGACUCCGCAACAGCAGUGCUCUUGCGAAGAGGGGUCCAAUUGUAUCUCUGAGGUUUGGAAGCAGGUCGCUGAGCUGGCGGCGGUGGGCGGCUUGGCCCGUGGCUCCUCGGUCACGGGCUCCAGUCACAGCUUGGCGCAGGACAAAAAGAAAACAACGUUGAAUUUGAAAUGGACAAAGCAGGCAAACAGACGGAAGGAGUUGAACUCCAGUGGAACGGUGGAUGGAAGAAGUGACGAAGGCUCUCGCACCACUCGCGGGGAGAUCCAUCGCAGAAACGAAGUGAUGCGCAAAGAGCGAGAAUCCUGUGAGGUUCAGGAUACCCAUUUGGACCUUGAACGGGAACGCUUCAUCACCACAGUGCAACGAACAACCGUGCUCCACCCCUUGGACUACCAGGUCUCUCGACGUGCCAUGGAGGAGAUGGAGUCCAAGCGUCGCCUGGUGCAGCGUUUGGCCGCUGAAGCUGAAGCGGCCUUUGCUCGGAAGAAAGGUGCUGGGUGGGAUGAAGAUGAAGGCCUUGAACCGCUGGAGCCCGACAAAACCAACAACAACAAGCUGCUGGAGAUGACGAAGGGUGGGAAGAGGAACAGCGUGACAAGCAAGCGGCACAGCGGCACAGGCAGCGUUAGUCUCAACUUGGACCCGCAGGUGGACGAACCCAUCAAUUUCACCAGUGUGACCAAGUCGGCACAGGCCAAGAAGCUGGCGCGUGCCUCGGCACAGGCGCAGGAGCCCCUUGAGCUGCGACGGCUGCGGUCGGAGGUGGCCAGUCUGGUGGUGGAUCCCAAGCGUCCGCGGGUCGCAGCAGGUAUUGGUGAUGGCCAACUGGCGGUCUACUACCUCUUCCGAUCCCAUGGCUCCAAACGAAAGCAGCUGCACCAGAUUCAAGGAUUUGAUGCCUCGCGGGGUCUUGGCGAUGUUUGUACAGCGCUCCGCUUGCCCACACAGCGCUUGUCUGACGAGGGCAGUAUGGCAGUUGAAACCGUGCUCGGUGGAUUCGAAAGUGGCAGAGUGGCGGUGUUUCGCAGCUUCUUUCCAGAUGAUUUCGUGUCAGAGACCGGCGACAAGAAGAAAAAAAAGACGCUGGAAGAGGUGAUGGAAGAGCGGCAACGGAUCAAGAGUUUGGCGAACGGGGAGCCUGUCUUGCAGGCUGAAGAGCCGUUGUUGCUUGAACACUUUCACUGCUCCACACCCAUCGUUGCAUUGUAUUGGCACCAGAUCAUGGGCAUCUUCAGCAUCUCGACCACUGGCCAUGUGGUGGUUGCUGAUAGCUGUGGAGUGCAAACCUUUUCAAUCCAUGAGGCCUGUGGAAGGAAUUCCACGGUGGCCUCCGCAGACUUGUCUUUGGAGUUGGAGCAGCUGGCGGUGUCUGGGCAACGUGGCGUCCACCUUUGGCAAAUCUUGUCGCAGGCCAAGUAUGGCAUAAUCGGAGUUCAGGAGAAUGCGCUGCAGAACCCAGAGCAGAAUUUCAAUGUCAUGCUCGUGCGAUACAUGCCUUCUGGGAAAUUCCUCCUGACGCUCCACAGGGACGGCAUUGUGAAGAUCUGGGACUCCCGAAGCCUGGAGUUGCACACCUCCACGGUGGCCUCGAGAAAGGUGAGUUGUGCAUUCUGGGAGCCACGAUGGGAGACGCUGUUGAUAUUCAGCCCUGAUGGCGCAACCGAACUGGAAAUCCAUGAAGACAAGUUGAGCCAGGGGCAGGGCAUCAAUGCUUCGAAGCUACAAGCCUUGCCUUCUGUGCUUGGCUUAGGGAAGUCCUUGAAAUCAUUCUCCGCCUCGGUCUGUGAAGAGCGCAGGCAAAUCAGCGCCACCGAUGCCCAACGGCUUCGGCCUCUUUGUUGGAAGCUCCAAGCCAGCUCCGUGGGAAACCCAGUGGCCACGGAGCCUGGGCAUUCCACAGGACCUGUUCGUGCCAAGGCAGGUUGGCGUCAGCUGGCCUUUGGGACCAGUUGGCAAGCGCAAGAAAGUCACAAAUUGUUGAGCCUUAACUUCGACAAAGUCUUCCCAUUUGACUUGAGGGCCAACUUGUUCGGUGAGAGCGACGUGCCGUGCCGCAACCGCCCCGCCACGGCGUCGCCGGGAGGGCCCAGCCGCACGGCCUCGCCGUCGCGGCCCAACUCGCGGCCGCCGUCGCCCGGGCCGCGCGACGACCGCGACCGCGGCCUGGGCUACCCGCGGGUGGAUCGCCCUGGCGAUCGACCCAAGAGCCGGUCCCUGACAUCGCACAUGCGCCGGGCACCGUCGCCAACGCCAGCCUUCAACAAGAGUGCCCCAGGGAAACCCCGGUGGCGAAGCUGA